AUCUAAAGAGUUGCAUUAUAUUCCUUCAUUACUACAUACUACGUACAAGCCAAACAUUAAUAUUUCAAGUAGCUUUGUUUUAAACUGCUUCAAUGGAUUCAGCUCUAAACUGCUUAAACGCCACUACAUUAAUCACUGCACUCCUUUCCCUAAUCUUCCUUUAUUUCUUUCUCUACCGCCCCUCCAAACCCACUCAUCAUCCCAAACAGCCUCCGUCCGCCGCCGGUGCAUGGCCAAUCCUCGGCCACCUACAUCUCUUAAGAAACUCACAAACACCCCACAGAACCUUAGGCGCCAUGGCCGACAACCACGGCCCUAUAUUCACCAUCAAAAUCGGCACCGCAACCACCUUAGUACUCAGCAACUGGCAAAUGGCCAAAGAAUGCUUCACCACAAACGACACCGCCGUUUCCUCCCGCCCCACCCUCAUCUCCAUGGAACACAUGUCGUACAACAAAGCCAUGUUCGGCUCUGCACCUUACGGCCCUUACUGGCGCCGCCUCCGCAAGAUCGCCACGCUCGAGAUCCUCCACAACCGCCGUGUCGAGCAGUUGCGCCACGUCCGCGUUUCAGAAGUUCAAACCUCCAUCAAAGAGCUCUACGACGUUUGGUCUGCCGCCACGAAGAACGACGUGUCCGGCGGCGGUUAUGCGAUGGUGGAGGUGAAGCAGUGGUUUUAUCAGGUGACGUUCAACAUGAUUCUUAGGAUGGCGGUUGGGAAGAGGUAUUUUGGUGGGGCGGGUGUUGUUGAAGAGGGGGAGGUGCGGAGGUGUGUGGAGGCGUUGACAGAGUUCAUGCGGUUGCUGGCGGUGUUUACGGUGGCGGAUGCUGUUCCUUGUUUGAGGUGGUUUGAUUUUGGUGGACAUGAGAAGGAGAUGAAGGAGAUUGCUAAGGAGUGGGAUAGGAUUUUGAGUGGGUGGUUGGAGGAGCACCAAAACAAGAGGACUUUGGGUGGAAAGGAUGGACUGGAUGGUGGCGGCGACCAAGACUUCAUGGAUGUGAUGAUUUCAGUGCUUGGUGACACCAAGAUUGAGGGAAUUGAUGCUAACACCACAAUCAAAGGCACAAUAUUGACAUUAUUUGUGGGAGGAAUUGACACGAGCUCCAUCACUCUUUCAUGGGCAAUAUAUUUGCUAUUGAGAAAUCCUAUAAUAUUGGAGAAAGUAAAACAAGAACUCAAUCAUCAAAUUGGAAAAGAUAGAUGCGUGAGUGAGUCAGACAUAAGCAAAUUGGAGUAUCUUCAAGCCAUAGUGAAGGAGACGUUGAGGUUGUAUCCACCAGCCCCUCUCUCAGGCCCUCGUGAAGUCACUGAUAAUUGCACUUUAGGUGGCUAUCAUGUGAAAAAAGGAACUCGACUCAUCACAAAUCUUUGGAAGAUUCACACAGAUCCUAGUGUUUGGCCAGAUCCAUUGGAGUUCAGACCAGAGAGGUUCCUUACAACACACAAAGAUGUAGAUGUCAGGGGUUGUCAUUUUGAGUUGUUGCCAUUUGGUGGUGGGAGAAGGAUUUGUCCAGGAAUAUCCUUUGCUCUUCAAAUAGUUCAUUUCUCUCUGGCUAGUUUUUUGCAUUCCUUUGAAAUCUUGAAUCCUUCUAACAAACCUGUUGAUUUGACUGAAAGUUAUGGAUUGACCAACAUCAAAACUGCCCCGCUUGAGAUUCUGGUUAAACCAUGUUUGCCUCCAAACUGUUAUGGAACAAAGUGAUCCUGAGGUUUUAUAGUUGAAAAAUGUUUUGUUCGCAAACCAAGCACAUCUGAUCUCCACAUAUGAGAAUAGAUACAUGAAGAAAAUAAAAAGAAA